ACAUCCACCAGCAGCAGACGCAUCAUCGGCACCUCCGCCAUCCGUUGGACCUCGCCGCCGCCGCCGUGGUGCCAUUCACUCGAAGCCGCGCAACACGCUCCAGCUCCCUGGAGCCGUGCCGCCCGUCUACGCACGCGUCUCUUCCCCCGCAACUCCUGCACGCCACUGGGCCAGCCCGGUCCAUACCCGCGGAUGAGGCUCUGUCUUGCGGCCACCCUCUCGCGUGCCACCACUAGUGCCGGGCCCAUCCAUGCACCUGUCCCGCCUUGUUGCUUGGGCUCGCGAUCCUACACCUCCGGCAACAUCGUACCAUGACGCUCGUCUCCGAGUAAGUGGCCCUAGGCUGCCCUUCUCGGCCUCUUCGUUCCCGUGCCUGCUGACAGCUUCUUGCUCCUCCUUGCAGUCAGGUGCGGCGUCUUGAUGCGUACCUCGAUCGCCUACCCGUCCUCUCCGAAGGCUCGUCCGAUGACGGAGCUUCCGAGGCCGAGGAGCACGGCUUUGCCGUGGCCGACGCCGCUGCUGCUUCGAGGCUGGAUCAGCUGCUCCGUAUCGUUCAGUCCCUGAGCACGACCUCGUCCUCGCAGCCGCUUCUUCCCGCAAGCCGAGUACGGACCCUUCUCAUCCAGUCCGGCAUCCCAUCCGCCAGAUCACGGCAGGGGGAGUCGGACGCCGCGAGCGCUGGCUAUACAGUGUCAAAGAGCGCAUACGAAAACGAGAUCGAAUGGCUGUUGGUCACAAAGGCCACGAUCCAGGUGUACGGCGCCAUCCUCAACAACCUCUUGGACCGCAUCACGCCGUUAAGCGACGACAUCUGGUACUGGUCCGAGGUCCUCAAUUCCUAUACCUACAGCAGCCUCUAUACUGUGCAGACGUCACCGCUGCGCCUGUGGGCAUGGACGCAAGAUGUUUACGUCUCGAGUAGGACGCGCAUGCGCUCCAUGUCUGUGCGAGAUGCGCCAGCCGAUAUCGUCGACUCUACAGCAUCGGGCAUGUCGCAGCAGUGGAAGCAGUUCUACGGCAUCGUUCGCGACACGAUUCGGGAGCGUUCUUUUGCCAACAUCCAACGCAAAGUCCUGUCUCCGCUCGCCCUCUGCCGGGCCGAAGCACGGCGCAAGCAGGCCCAAUUGAAGAAGCUCAGGGAGAUUACAGCAAGUGGCCUUGGCGUGCUGAUCGACGAGGGCCUCCAGCUCGGUCACGACGACGAAAAGGCCGAAGUGCACGACCACCAGGACCUCAAGGGCGUGGUCGAGCGCAGCGUGGCGCUCAUGGACGUGGUUCUCAAAGAGGUGUGCACUCUGGAUGUCAACAUUGACGACUUUGAAGAUAAAGUCUUUGCCGGCGUCGAGGAAGACCCGGAGUUGUCGGUUCAUCUCGAAGACAACAUCACGCCAGACCGACCGGCCGUGUUGGCCCGCCGCCUGCUGCGUAUCAUGAACAGGACCUUGCCGGAACACUUCAACGCCAUGCAAUCGCUGGCGCAGGCAAACGGGCGCCCGUCUCGCAUUGUCCGCUACUGGCUGCCGGCUGUUGUUGGCUUGCUGUCCUCCACAACUAUGCUUCGGAUCCUCGUGAAUCGCAAGGCGGACAUCAUCGACUGGAUCACGGGGUUCGGCCAGACGGUCCGAGACUUUUGGUUCAACUGGGUCGUCCAGCCCUUGGCAAAGGUGAUUAAGACGAUUCGACAUGAUGAAACAAGCGAGAUUGCUAUCAUGAGCAGAGACAGUCUGAAGGCGGAUCGCGAGAGCUUGGAGCGCAUGGUAGUGGAUUUCGCCGUGGACAAGCCUCACUUUGCCGCGGAGGCCUCGUCGCUGUCGGACGCUCAGAUCGCCGAAAUCCGCAGCAAGGUGGCCGAAGGGGACGUGACACCCGUGCUCCGGGCAUACGAAAAGGACUUGAAGAGCCCGUUUAUGGGGGCUGUCCGCGGCGACCUCGUUCGGUCUCUGCUCAUUCAGGUGCAGAAGACCAAGGUGGACCUGGAGGUAGCCAUGACGGGCAUCGACUCGCUGCUGAAGAGCCAGGAGCUCGUGUUUGGCUUCGUGGGACUGACACCGGGGAUCCUAGUCUCGAUCGGCGUCAUGCAGUAUCUGCGUGGUGUGCUCGGCGGUCGUUCUUGGCACCGACAGGAGCGAAAGGCCGGGCGAGUCGUCCGCGUUCUCCGCAACAUCGACCGUAUCCUCUCGGAGGCGAGGCCGAUGGAGAACAACGUCCUCUCCUACAAGGACCACGGCCUGCUGCUGUGCGAGGUGCACGUGCUGCGUGAUCUGGGAGGCAAGCUCAUGCCACGCGACGUUCGCAAGGAAUUCCUAGAAGACCUUGACGAUUUAGCCAACAUCAAGGGCAUACAGGUGCAGGCCAGGGCGCUCGACAGAAUCCGCUGGGCGUAUGCCAGGUGGCUCAAGUAGAAGCCCUUUUGUUGGUAUGAUUUGGGCGAGGUACGUAGUCGCUUUAUCACGAGGCAUCACGGAGCAUGAGCACGCGACGGGAGUGGGCGGAUACGGGCCAGUGCCCCACAGAACUCUCAAACACGCAGAGGAAAAAAAAAGUACGUACAGCAAGAAAUUAGAAGAAGAAACAAAAACCCUUGCCAAAAGCGGCACCAGUACGCCUGUCGGAGGAGGUUUGAGGGUGUGACCGUGACGAAUUCAAGCCGACGAUAGCCUGCCCCAUCAAGGUGGAGGCUGCAUGGAUGAUGAUGCAUCGCGUAGAUGCAGUGGUAGGGGCGACGCAGGUAGACGACUGAGUCUGGAAUGGCAUUGCGUCACGCCAAGUCGCUUAUCCAAGGCGGUAGGCAGUACCGGUACAAGGAAGAACAUGAGCAUUUUGAUCGACUACCACUACCUUAUCGUAAGAUAAUUACUUGGGUACUUAUUUAGGCAG